AUGGUCUCCGUCAGUAUCCUGAGCGAGGCCCGGAACAUGGAGGUGUAUGCGGGCGAGGAGUACUGCGGGACCGGCCGCGGUGAGAGCCUGGGCGCCCUCCGGCCCCCGGGCGAAACUGAAAAGGUUACUUUAUACAAAAAGUACUUUAAGUUCGAAUGCCCUGCAGCCUCCUGUAGGAUUAAGCUGCUCUCCAUUGGCUCCAGCAUAGAUCUAGACAGAGUGCAAACUAUAAUGGAGUCUAUGGGAUCGAAGUUGUCUCCAGGUGCUCAGCAGCUCAUGGACAUGGUCCGAUAUCAGCAGAAAAACAGUUUACCUCUUGGAGACAAACUUAACUGGAUCUUUGGGAAGCAUUCAGACUUUGGAAGUGACCAUGCAAUAGAUGGAUUGCUCAGUGCAGCUGUUCAGACAUCACGAGAUCAAUCAGCCAGCGAACCUUUGCCUGUCAAAAACCAUGUAACAAGUGAAACAGAACAUGAAGACUUAAAAAUAAGUUGCGAUCCGAACACGCAGCUACCUGAAAGAGGGGAUUCUUCUGAUUCUGAAAGACUUACUACCCAGCAAAAUACGUUUGACCUCAGAAAUUGUUUUAAAGUCAUGGGAUCUUUGCAUACGCAGCAAGAAGCAAGCGAAACCCCAAAUGUAGCUAACCCACAGGUGCUUCUUCCUUUUCUUCAAAACAUAUGUAGUCAGGUUAAUCAUCUUCGGCUAAAAGAUGGGGAUAGGCGUUUUGGGAAAAGUGCACUGACUAAAGAGGAAGGCAUUCAGUGUGAUGGAGUCGAACAACAGCCCAUUUGCUCCUAUUUGGAAAAGAUAAUAUCAAAAAAUAUGGAUUUGAUGGAGAAAAAACUAAUGGACUAUAUCGAUCGCCAAAUCCAGGCUCUUCAGACACACAUAGAUAAUAAAAUGGUUCUCUUGAUGGACUUGGUUCAGAACUCAAAGCCAAACAAAAUUUCACAAGCGCACUAUGAUUCUAGCGAGGGGUUCUCUAAUGGAGAGAGAUAG